GGAAUGGCUGAGGUGUCAAGUGGUUUUUGUUCUUUGUUCGAUAUGUAUUCCUUUCGUUUAAAACACAGUUUACAUAGUUUGUGAUUGGUAUGUGUCAUUAGUGUGAUUGUUGUUUUAUUUUAAAACUAUCUAUAUUCAUGUCGUUCAAAUGGAACACAUGAAGAAGUGAAAUGGGAUAACCCACCAGUGCUGUGGCCUCUCAGUUAUGGCGGCCAAUAACAGAAAAGAAACGGUACAGGCAAAAACGAUUUCAUCUAUAUUUUCCAAGCUGCACGUAGCAUUUUCUGACGCGAUGGCUCCUCCUAAAUUAACGACUGACAAAAAAACAUUAGAUAAAACGUGGAAACUGAUGGACAAAGUUGUUAAAUUGUGUCAGCAUCCAAAGAUGAACUUGAAAAAUUCACCGCCUUUUAUCUUAGAUAUUCUUCCCGAUACCUAUCAGAGGUUACGUUUAAUUUAUUCCAAGUAUGAAGAUAAAAUGGUAACUCUCCAUAACAAUGAACAUUUCAAUGUUUUUAUUGUGAACCUAAUGAGGAAGUGUAAGCAGGCCAUUAAACUCUUUAAGGAAGGAAAAGAAAAAAUGUUCGAUGAAAAUUCUCACUAUAGAAGGAACUUAACUAAAUUAAGUUUAGUUUUUAGUCACAUGCUAAGUGAAUUGAAAGCUCUUUUUCCAAAUGGAACCUUUGCUGGUGACCAAUUCCGAAUAACAAAAAGUGAUGCAGCUGAGUUCUGGAAAAACAAUUUUGGAAAUAGCACUCUGGUUCCUUGGAAAGUUUUUCGUCAAGUUUUAAAUGAAGUUCAUCCUAUUACAUCUGGAUUAGAAGCUAUGGCUCUGAAGUCUACUAUUGACCUUACAUGUAAUGAUUACAUAUCGAAUUUUGAAUUUGAUGUUUUUACCAGAUUGUUCCAACCAUGGAGUUCACUUUUAAGGAACUGGCAAAUUCUUGCUGUUACUCAUCCUGGUUAUGUAGCAUUUUUAACUUAUGACGAAGUAAAAGCUCGGUUACAUAAAUAUAUUAACAAACCUGGCAGCUAUGUAUUCCGGUUAAGCUGUACAAGGCUAGGUCAAUGGGCCAUUGGCUAUGUUACAGGGGAUGGUGAUAUUCUACAAACAAUUCCUCAAAACAAAUCACUAUGCCAAGCUCUUUUGGAUGGUUAUAGAGAAGGAUUUUAUCUCUUUCCUGAUGGACGAAAUGUGAAUCCUGACUUAUCUUGGGCUGUCCAGCCUACCCCCGAGGAUCAUAUAAAAGUGACACAGGAGCAGUAUGAACUUUAUUGUGAAAUGGGUUCUACUUUUCAACUGUGUAAAAUUUGUGCUGAAAAUGAUAAAGAUGUUAGGAUAGAACCGUGUGGGCAUUUGCUGUGUACACCUUGUCUUACAUCAUGGCAGGAUUCAGAGGGCCAAGGAUGCCCCUUCUGCCGAGCAGAAAUAAAAGGAACUGAGCAGAUAGUUGUUGAUCCAUUUGACCCUAAAAGACAACACAAAGCAAGCUCCUUUCCAGCCUAUGAUGAAGAAGAUGAAGAGGAACUGAACUGUUGGAAUCACAGUCUGAGUAACCUUCAAGCUCUAACUCUUUCUCCUGGUUUUGAGACAUCAGAAUCCAGGGGUGGAAGGAGUCCUAUGAUUUCACCUAGAGGCUCACCCCUCACUGGAAGAAGAUUCCAUCAUACAGCUCCUCCAGUUCCUCCUAGAAAAUCAUCUCCUACCCUAACAGUACCAAAGGAAGAUGCACCACCUCCCCCCGAUACUUCAGAAGAGAAUAGAUAUAAUUUGCUGGAUGGACAAAUGACCUGUGAAGGAAGAGUACUUUCAUGUCCUUCCCUUGCAACUACUUCUGGGCUUCCUCUUCCAUCUAAAUCUCAAACAAUACCUCAGUUGUGUGAUACGGAACCUUAUCAUACACUUGUUCACUAUGCAGAGCUUGCCAAUAUUUCAGAAGAACCAAGUUAUGAAAAUACCAUUAUUUUACCUGGUAAUAUAACAAUGGUAAAACCUGUAUACUGUGCAACACCUCAGGAGCUGCCUAUAGUUUCUGCAAUAUCACAUAUUGUGAAAUCUCCCUUACCUGAAUCAGUGACAAGUGGAAGACUUAAUAUAGAACAAAAUACAAGAUGUACACCAUCUAGAGGAUCUUCUGUUGAAUCAACUGGUUCUACUGCCAGUUCUGCAUCUAGAGAAACACAUGAAGCACAAGGCACAUCUUCACCCUAUGAAAAUUUAAAUAUGGAUCAUAUUGCUAAAUUAACAUCAGAGGGUUAUGCACACGAUGCUGUAAUUAGAGCUUUAGGAAUAACACGUAAUGACGUUGCGAUGGCUUGGGAUAUUCUUCAUGAAUUUGGAACAAAGCAAUCUACAUGAACAGCAUAUGGCAGUAUGUAAAAAAAAAAUGUACAUAAAUCAGCGAGCCAUUAUUUUUGUUGUACUGAGCUUCCCAGCAUUUACAUUAUUUUAGUUGUACAAUUAUCAUUCCAAGAAAGUUAAUCUCACAAACUAUUUCAAACUUUAAAUAAAACAAACUCUAAUGUAAAUAAAACUGCUUGGAAUUUUUUAAAAUUCAAUUUAUGUAGUCAAGAAGUAUCUAUAAAACAAGCACAAACUAAAAUAGGACAAAAGUAGUUUUACAUUUAUUAAAUUUAAAUAGGCUUUACCAAAACAAAAAGGAUUUUGGAUAGUUGUAGCUAAAAGAUUCAUAUGAUAAUGAAUACUUUCUAAAUACUAAGCUCUUGAAAAGGUUUUCACAAUACAUAUCUUAUUCCAUUUAACAUUUUGAAAUAUGAGAAUAACGUAGGUGUAUAUAGCUGUUUUUAAUGGAGGUUAAAUAUUUUACACAAAAGAGGCCUUUAAUGUACAAUCGGGAUGGCUUGUUGGUUCGGUCAGUUUAGUCAUUUCUUUUAUAUAAGUAUUUGUUUCCUAAGGCUGUUUUGCACUAAUGAAUGAUAUCGUUUGAAUCACAGUAUGAAAGUAAAAAUUACAUUUAGUAUUAUUUUAUUUAUAUAAUCUUAUAUUCAGAG